AUGACACAAUCUAAGAUGACGACGGCUUCUAUUGACAAUCUAGAAAAUGACUCAGUACUACUUGAGAAAGACUUCAAUCUGUCUACAACAUCAUCUGAAAGUGAUAUGCACGAACAGAGAACAACGCCUGUUAACAUUGAAGUUGAUCUCUCCAAUUCACAAUCUGACGCCGUCCAUUGUAAUUCUCACCCAACAACAGAUGAUGAGGUGAUCUCCAAUCGAAGGAAGCUUGACCAAGUGGUAGAAAUAAAUCCAACCAUGAUGACAAACAAAAAAUUCUUGAAGUACGCCUCCUCAUUGAAGACAACAACAAGUAAGCUUCCACAUGACAAUUUCAUCACAGAUGACAACAAAAUGUAUCCAGAAGAGACACCUUCAGAGAUUUUACACUUGAACAAAGUACCAGUAGUCGAGAUGAAGAAUCCAAUAACCGAAUCACUUGAUGAAAACACUGCAACAAUCAAAGAAUCUUCGACACCAGUGCAGAUGAAGGAAGUCAUACAAGGGAAUUAUACAGACCACCACCAACAACAACAACCAGACUUUACAGCAACUGAUAUACGACCAUCGCAUCUCACUGGCGGCUAUUCUAACAAACUAGACAAGACAACUAGAAUGAUCCAAUGGGAAAAUGUUCAAACUAACGAGGUGUACACAACUGUUGAUUUUGUAUAUAAGCAACAAGACACCACCACUACUGAUGAUGAUGAAUGA